AUGCUGAAGACCAACCCUCUCCGCUUCAAGCUCGACCCCUCCUUUCUUCUCAAGUCCAUCCACCACCCAGAUCCUCUCACGCGCCAACAAACGCAAAGAUUUCUUGAUGCCGUGACCACCUCCUUCCGCAGAAAUCUCGAUAAAGAGCACGGAUGGCUUCCGGACGAGCAGAGGCCCGCAGCAGCAGGUUCCACUACCAGCAGCCCUCUUCAACCGGCUACGGGCCCCGCGGCAACCACGCAGGGCGUCGAUGGCGUCACUGACGGUGGACGCCGUCUUCCCACCGACCACCACUUAUCGUCCAUUCUAUCCAGUCCACUUUUCCGCGCCGCAGCACCGCCUUUAGUCCGGAAUCCUACUCCCGCUACCAUUCCCAGCCCUGUCACCAAACGAGAUCCGAUUGUCGUGUUCGAAGAAGCCGCCCUGAGGGGCCUGAUGACGCUGCAAAUCGCGACAGGGUGCCUCAAGGCAAAGCACAACCUGAUACAGGACUCGCAAAGCACAUUUCUCGACGAUUCCCAAUCGACGAGCAAUGAAGCCUUUUCAGGGUUCGACGUCUCCAACAAGGUCCUAGCAUGGCUCCGUUCGGCGGGGCUGGAUCGGAAUCUCCAGUUCGCCCUCCACCCCAACUUCGUCGCAGCCUUCAUGCCUUUCCUCGUCGCAGAAGGCCGCGAGGAAGUCGUGUGGACUUGGCUCGCGCGGUUGAUGGCUGACGACGGCCCCGUCGCGGACAGCUCCUUUGCCGCGGCUCGCGUCAUGCUCCUCUUCCUCGUCCGCGCCAAAACGGUCGGCGUCGAGUGCGUGGAUAGCGCGUUCGAAUCCAUAAUACAGGCCAGCGAGACGUACCGCAAGGACCCGCGUCACGGCCGCCUCCUCGGAAAAGCCUGGCGGGACGUCGCCUGGAGGACAACGACGCUCUCCUGGCAGAAACCCUCGCCCUCGGCCUCCCUCUUCGACUCGUAUCUCGAUAUUGCGGAGCUUCUCUAUCCCUCUUCCACCAAACUCCCCGUCGCGCAUCUCCAUCUUCACCAUCCUACCGCUCCCAGCCACGAUCUCGCCGUCGAUUAUUUCGAGGAAGCCAAGAAGAAGGACAAGAUUGGGCCCACGGAUCGCAUGCGAAGAGAGGCGAUGAUGGGCGUCGAUGCAGUCAGCCACCUGGGCCUUGUGGGCAAGCUCGAGGAGGCGAGACGACUACUCAACUUCAUCCACCACCGAUAUUCAUUCUUCUUUCACAAACCCCAGGGCAAACCAGACGAUUUGCUGGCCCAGCUAGAGCCUGCUUGA